AUGGCACCGCUUAUUGAUCAAUGUAUUGAAUCAUUGAUGAAGAAAUUAUCCAAAAUGAAUAAUGAAAAUAAAGAAUUCAAUAUCUAUGAGUUAUAUCAACGAUUGACUAUGGAUGUUAUCUGUCAUUGUGCAUUCGGGAUUGAUACGGACAUGCAGAAUGAUGUUGACAAUGAUUUAAUGACCAAAGCAGCUGUUAUUUUCAAACAAGAUAUUGAACGUAUGCCAUUGAGUAAAUUAAGCUAUUUGAUGCCAUGGUCAACAUCUCUUCUUGCUCAAUUUGCUCAUAGCCAAAUAGCUCUAUUUCAUUGUCUUCACAAAAUAGCACCGACAAUCUUUCCUGAUUUAGUCGAUAAAAUACCUCGUCUUUGGCUUAUAUCAAAAGUUCAAGAAGUAAUCGAUGUUCGAACAACAGAUACUUCAACAACAAAACGAGUAGAUCUGCUUCAGACAAUGCUCGAUGCAGCUGCUACACGGCACGAGGACAAUACUGACGAUAAGAAAUUGAGCAACGAUGAAAUCAAAGGCAAUGUAUUUCUCUUUAUGGUUGCCGGCUUUGAUACAACAUCGACGAUGCUUGGAUAUUGCACUUACGUAUUGGCUACACAGCCCAAUAUUCAAAAGAAACUUCAAGCAGAAGUUGAUGAUCAACAUGAAAAAGAGCUCGAUUAUGAUACAGUGACAAAAAUGGAAUAUAUGGAGUUAUUUCUACGAGAAGUUCAUCGUAUGUAUCCACCUUCCGUAGCAGCCAUUACAAGAGUGUGCGAACAAACAACAACUGUAUGUGGUCACACCAUUGAAAAAGGAAGUAUCAUUCAACCAGAUAUAUUUACUAUUCAUUACAAUAGUGAUUUGUGGGGUCCCGAGGAUCCAAAUCAGUUUAUUCCUGAACGACAUUCUACUGAACGACAUCCACUGGCUCUCUUAGCAUUUGGCGUCGGACCACGCUCAUGUAUUGGAAUGCGAUUUGCUCUAAUGGAAAUUAAAAUGACUUUAGCUCACAUACUUCGUCACUAUACAGUAUUACCUGGCGAACAUUUGCAAGAGGGUUUUCAGUUAAAUGAAGCAUUUCUUAUACAGCCAAAUGCUAUCAAUAUCAAACUCAACAAACGUUAA